GCGGCGGCGGCGGGGGGCGCGCGGCUCCGGGCGCGGUGCCUGCACCAUGAACUACCAGCAGCAGCUGGCCAACUCGGCUGCCAUCCGGGCCGAGAUCCAGCGCUUCGAGUCGGUCCACCCCAACAUCUACUCCAUCUACGAGCUGCUGGAGCGCGUGGAGGAGCCGGUGCUGCAGAAUCAGAUCCGGGAGCACGUCAUCGCCAUCGAAGAUGCCUUUGUGAACAGCCAGGAAUGGACAUUAAGUCGAUCCGUCCCGGAGCUCAAAGUGGGCAUCGUGGGUAAUUUGGCCAGUGGCAAGUCGGCCCUGGUGCAUCGCUAUCUGACUGGCACGUACGUCCAGGAGGAGUCUCCCGAAGGUGGCAGAUUCAAGAAAGAGAUUGUUGUUGACGGACAGAGCUAUCUGCUGCUCAUCAGAGAUGAAGGGGGCCCUCCGGAGGCCCAGUUUGCCAUGUGGGUGGACGCUGUUAUAUUUGUCUUCAGCUUGGAGGAUGAGAUAAGUUUCCAGACGGUCUACCACUACUACAGCCGGAUGGCCAACUACCGGAACACGAGUGAGAUUCCGCUGGUCCUGGUGGGAACCCAGGAUGCCAUCAGCUCCACCAACCCGCGGGUCAUCGACGACGCCAGGGCGCGGAAGCUCUCCAGCGACCUCAAGAGGUGCACGUACUACGAGACGUGCGCCACGUACGGGCUGAACGUGGAGAGGGUCUUCCAGGACGUUGCCCAGAAGAUUGUUGCCACGAGGAAGAAGCAGCAGCUGUCCAUCGGGCCCUGCAAGUCCCUCCCCAACUCUCCGAGCCACUCAUCUGUCUGUUCCGCACAGGUGUCUGCUGUGCACAUCAGCCAGACAAGUAACGGAGGCGGGAGUCUGAGCGACUAUUCCUCCUCUGUCCCGUCCACGCCGAGCACCAGCCAAAAGGAGCUGCGUAUCGACGUACCGCCCGCGGCCAACACGCCCACGCCCGUCCGCAAGCAGUCCAAGCGCCGGUCCAACCUCUUCACCUCUCGGAAAGGGAGUGACCCAGACAAAGAGAAAAAAGGCCUGGAGAGCCGGGCGGACAGCAUCGGGAGCGGUCGAGCCAUCCCAAUUAAACAGGGCAUGCUGCUGAAGCGAAGUGGCAAAUCACUGAACAAAGAAUGGAAAAAGAAAUACGUCACCCUGUGUGACAAUGGUGUGCUGACCUAUCAUCCAAGUUUACAUGAUUACAUGCAGAAUGUUCAUGGCAAAGAGAUUGAUCUUCUGAGAACCACUGUGAAAGUCCCAGGGAAGAGGCCCCCCCGAGCCACAUCAGCCUGCGCGCCCAUCUCCAGCCCGAAAACCAACGGUCUGUCCAAGGACAUGAGCAGCUUGCACAUCUCACCAAAUUCAGGGAAUGUCACUAGUGCGCCUGGGUCUCAGAUGGUGAGCGGCGUCAGCCUGGGCUCCUUCAACAGCCGACCGGACGGCAUGCAGCAACGGUCCUACUCUGUCUCCAGUGCCGACCAGUGGAGCGAGGCUACGGUCAUUGCAAACUCAGCCAUCAGCAGUGACACAGGGCUCGGUGACUCCGUGUGCUCCAGCCCAAGCAUCUCCAGCACCACCAGCCCCAAGCUCGACCCGCCCCCCUCCCCUCACGCCAACAGAAAGAAGCAUCGGAGGAAGAAAAGCACCAGCAACUUCAAAGCCGAUGGCCUCUCAGGCACUGCUGACGCCAAACGCAAAGCAUGGAAACUAAACCGUGUUGGUAGCCUGCGAAAUAUCCACAACAGCAGCACCAACACCGAAGAACAAGAAGAAAACUUUGAGUUUAUCAUUGUGUCCCUCACUGGCCAGACGUGGCACUUUGAAGCCACCACCUACGAGGAGCGAGACGCAUGGGUCCAGGCCAUCGAGAGCCAGAUCCUCGCCAGCUUACAGUCGUGCGAGAGCAGCAAGAAUAAGUCCCGACUGACCAGCCAGAGUGAGGCCAUGGCCUUGCAGUCGAUACGGAACAUCCGAGGGAACUCCCACUGUGUGGACUGCGAGACCCAAAAUCCCAACUGGGCCAGUUUGAACUUGGGAGCCCUCAUGUGCAUUGAGUGCUCAGGGAUCCACCGGAAUCUUGGCACCCACCUUUCUCGAGUCCGAUCUCUGGACCUUGAUGACUGGCCCAUUGAGCUUAUCAAGGUGAUGUCGUCCAUUGGGAAUGAGCUGGCCAACAGCAUCUGGGAGGAGAGCACACAGGGGCGGACGAAGCCCUCGCUGGACUCCACGAGGGAAGAGAAGGAGAGGUGGAUCCGGGCCAAGUACGAGCAGAAGCUCUUCCUGGCCCCGCUGACGUGCACGGAGCUGUCCCUGGGCCAGCACCUGCUGCGGGCCACCGCCGACGAAGACCUGCGGAUGGUCAUCUUGCUGCUGGCGCAUGGCUCCCGGGACGAAGUGAACGAGACCUGCGGGGAGGGGGACGGCCGCACGGCACUGCACCUGGCCUGCCGGAAGGGCAAUGUGGUCCUGGCCCAGCUCCUCAUCUGGUACGGGGUGGACGUGAUGGCCCGCGACGCGCACGGGAACACGGCGCUGGCCUACGCGCGGCAGGCCUCCAGCCAGGAGUGCACCGACGUCCUGCUGCAGUACGGCUGCCCCGACGAGCGCUUCGUGCUCAUGGCCACCCCCAACCUGUCCAGGAAGAACAAUAACCGGAACAACAGCGGCGGGAGGGUGCCCACCAUCAUCUGAGGACCGGCGGUGCCCGCAGCCUCCCACGCGCCCUCAGGGAUCACGCCACGUGAGUCCCGUCGCGUCCCCUCACUCCUCCUGGUGGUCCCCAGCCAACCCCCCCACGCCUCCACCCCCCACCCCCUCACGCCAAGCGAAAUCACAAAACCUGGAUGGUCUUCAAGGGGCGAAGAGGAGGCCCGGAGGCUGGAGCAUUGAUUCCUUUGCAUAAACUCCCUGAUCAACACACAGGAGCGACCGGCGGGCCUGGGUUUGUUGAUGGUAGCACACGGCGCCGGACCCUGGUCCCUCCGGAGGCCGGGAGACAGAGGGUGGCACAAGGGACGGGACGUGGGGGAGGGGAGGCGCGUAGCCAGGAGAAGGGGCGGCUCCCCUUAACGCGCAGGUCAGCACCUCAGUACAUUUCACCUCCACCAGACGGAACACUUGGGUUUCAUCUCUUCUCCGAGGAGCUUGACGGCAUAAAUCAGAAGCAAGCAGAGUUUGUCAGGUUUGAAGCCCCUAUGAUGGUAUGUGUCAAAUCAGUUGUAGCUAAUCUGUCCAGGGAGAAUACUGGCUUCAUUACACUCGUAUAGUUGAGUUCUUCCAGCAUUACCACUGUUUAAUAGAACAUGAUUAGUCAUCACCGGGAAGAAAGCAUAUUAGCCAAGGAGGUAGUUACACAGCACGCUCUGAUGAUUGUCACGAUGUGAUUGCAAUACUCUUAGAAGCAUCAUAUUAUCCCAGACAUGUUCUUUCAAGCCCUUGGAGCCCUCCUUUCUAAAUUCACUGUCAUAAUUUAGUAUCUGUUUAAUUUUUCAGUCCAAAGAGAGGAAAUCAGUUGCCGAGUAUUAUUUGACGGCAGUCUCCUUGGCGCAAAAACAAAAUGGAAAAAAUAAAUAAGAGUGACUUGGAAGUUCAAAAGGAAAUCACGAAUUCAGCUAACAACAGCAUUUUGAGCACAUUUAGUGAACUAAGUAAAUGCGUAAAAGGCUAUUUUUGCCCAAACCUGAGAGAUACUCUGUGUCCUUUUGCCGAGGUGGGUGUCUUGGGUCUCAGUCGCUCUGGGGCCACGUUGCCCAAGUCACACAGGCUUCUGUAUUCUGUCUUUAGAUGAGAUGUGUUGAAAAUCUAUUUGAAUAAAAGAAGUUCAUAAA